GAUAACAAACUUUGAUAACUUUUUUCUCUCCACUCUCAUUUGAUCUUAUCCUCUCCUCACCAAUUUCCAUUUUGCCCUCACCUCUCAAUCUCUAUAUAAGUAUGCUCUCAUUACACUGAAAAGGGGAGGAAGAAAAAUACCGAUCCUCAUCAGUGACAACAAGAAACUUCCGCCUGUAAAAUCAUACAUAACCUUCAUCCUUCAACUUCAUAUCCUCCUUAGCGUAGCAACGUGACACCACCACAAGUCCAUCACGCUCAUCACGCAUACAAGCUCCGACUGCAACGUCACCGCAUCAUUUGCCGAGACGUCAACACUGAUAAGCUUCAGAUUACAGAGUUAAGCACUGCACUGAUAUAGUGCUCAGUUUUGUUGGACAACAACGGCGCCGAGUGUUCACAAAUUCAUCACAUCUCCUUUCAACGCCGUCACAACAUCAACAGCUCGCACCUGAGCAACUGCAAGUCUGACAACAUCGUCGACGAGAUUUAUUUGAUUUGAGUGGAUUUCUUCCCCUGGUAACAUCCGGGCGGUAUUCUUCUUUCCUUGUUCUUGGAUUAUGAAUUGUUGUUGCUGCUUGAGUCAUGUUGAUUGUUAUUGCUUUGCCAUGAUUUUUGUUGCUGAAACUAGUUGCUAACGUGGUAAUAUUGUUUGAACCGUGUGCUUCUUUUACUAAAAACCGAUUACAAGUUUUGAGAUUGAGUUUUGAAUCUGAGAGAUGAGAGUUGUUGUUAUUGUUGUUUUAGAAUGAUUGAAAGUUUUUGUUGUUGUUGAGAGAAUCGUGAGGUUAAAAGAGGAGGGCGUUUUUCGUUUGAUUGAUAGAGGGAUAAGGGAAGCCGAGAUAAUUUGAGAGAGAGAGAAGAUUUUGGCCAUGGAAGCAGAGGUUUUAUCGUGAAACAGGGUGAGAGGAAUUUUUUUAGGGUUUUCUGGAUUCGGUUCAUGGGGUUUGGGCUUGGCCCAAUCCGAAUUUCUUUUGAUCACCGCCAUCUCUAUCCGUACCUCCCCUCUGCCUUGGCUUUUGCUCAAUGGAUUUGGGCUAAAGGGCUUUAAGUCCAACUAGAUAUUCAAUUUCAUCUGAUAGCCCAACGCCUCUUUACUUGUUAUCAGCCCAGCAAUUUUCAGUAGUACACCCCUCAUUUUUUAUGUUCUUGUUUGCCCAUAAUUAGUAUUUGUUAACUUCUUUUAAUAUUUGUUUUUUUUGUUUAGCCUCAAUUUUUAUUUGUUUCAUAAAUCAAAAAUCCAAAAGUAUGUUUUAUGUUUAGAUUUUGUUUUCAUAUUCAAAAAUACAAAAAUAUUAUAAUAGGAAUUUAUUUCCUUUUGAUCUCUAAUUUGUUUUGCUUAUUCAAAAAACUCAAAAAUAUUAGUUAGUAUUUUAAUUCUCGUAUUUGAUUUUAUUUCACCUCUUUCUCUUGAUUUCAUUACUUGUUUAAGUAGUAUUUCUUUUAUUUUGAGAUGGUUAUCUCAUGUUCUUGAAGUGUUUACUUCUUGUUUGUAUAUGCUUGUUGGCUUUUCAUUUUUGUUGGCCAUUUAGGUGCUAUUUGCUUCUUACUUAAUUAGUGAUAGCUUGUUUUGAUUAAUUUUGUUGUGAGGUGAGAUCUUUUGAGGGAUCAAUGAGCCAUUGUUUGAUUGAUAAGUAUUUCCUUAUGUGGUUUAUUUAAUGUGGCUUGUGUGCCUUUUUCUUAUUAUGAUAUCUUUUCUAUUGACAUUGCUUGUGUGUAUCCUUGCAUGUCUUCUUUAUGAUUUGUGUUGAUUGUCUUUUGACAUUGCUUAUGUGUAUCCUUGCAUGUCUUCUCUAUUUUUUGUGAUAUCUUGUCUCUUGACAUUGCUUGUGUGUAUCCUUGCAUGUCUUCUUGAUGAUUUGUGUUAAUUGUUUGUUGACAUUGCUUGUGUGUAUCCUUGCAUGUCUUCUUUAUGAUUUGUGUUGAUUGUUUAUUGACAUUGCUUGUGUGUAUCCUUGCAUGUCUUCUUUAUGAUUUGUGUUGAUUAUUUCUUGACAUUGCUUGUGCGUAUCCUUGCAUGUCUUCUUUAUGAUUUGUGUUGAUUGUUUCUUGACAUUGCUUGUGUGUAUCCUUGUAUGUCUUCUUAAUGAUUUGUGUUGAUUGUUUCUUGACAUUGCUUGUGUGUAUCCUUGCUUGUCUUCUUAAUGAUUUGUGCUGAUUGUUUAUUGACAUUGUUUGAGUGUAUGUCUACAUUGUCUCUUUUAUUACUUGUGUAUGUCUUGGUGUAUCUUGAAUACACUUUGUUUAUCUUGAGUUUGCUUGUGUUUAUCCUUGCUUGUCUCUUUUUUGUCAUGCUCCCUUAGGACUUGACUUUUCAAAGUCAUUAGACCUUAGGAUCUUAUCCAAGCAUGAUAACUUCUAGGACUUUUUUUAGUCUCCCUUUAGUUUAAGGCAUCUUCUUUUUCUUUUCAACCUUUAAAACACUUAAUAAAUAUCAAAUAAGUGGAGAAGGGUGAGUAUCCUUGCAUUGGGAUUUAAUUCACCACUAUCCAUAUUUCCCCUAAAAAAACACCAAGCAAUAAAACACUUCAAAACACCUAAUAAAGGUUCAAACUUAAAAAACGUAGAGAAAGGUGGGCAUCCUUGCAUUGGGCUCUAGAUCACCUCUGUCUACAUCAAAAAACACAAACCAAUUUUCUUUUUCUUUUAAGGAUAUGUUAAGUCCUUCCCAUACCUAGGCGUGUGAGUCUCCAAAGGUCGAGCAACGUUGAGAUGUGAUCUUAACCUCUGCCCACCUAAAAAACACAAAAACAUACAGAAACUUUUCAGCUGAACUACGGCUGCUCUAAUUCCUUUAAGGGAUACGUAGGCAUUGGAUCGCGGGGUUCAAACGAGCACACUUUGUAAAAAUUCCUUCUUUUCCCCGUGUUUUGUUUUCUUUCUUUUGUCAUGCAUUGCAUUUAACUUUAAGCUUUAGACUCUUAACACCCAUAGAUUACAACUAACAAGAGUGGAUACCGUCGAGUACGACGGACGUGAGGGGUGCUAAUCUCUUUCCCUUGCGUAACCGACUCCCUUACCCUUUUCUCUAGGUCGUAGACCUUUGUUUGUUUGUUUGUUUAUAGGUUUUAGUCGAUGUUUUCCUUUCUCUUCUCUUGGGAUAAAUAAACACUCGAUGGCGACUUCAUUGUUUUUCCGAUGAGUUUUUCCAGUUGCUUCAGACAUGGGUAAAGUUCUUAAAACACAAGGAUGAGUCUCAUUCAAUGUUCUUUGAAUUCUGCACUCAGAUCCAAUCUGGGAAGGAGUGCAAGAUCAUAAAAGUCAGAAGUGAUCAUGGUGGCGAAUUUGAGAACAGAUUCUUUGAGGAGUUCUUCAAAUAAAAUGGUAUUGCCCAUGAUUUCUCUUGCCCUAGAACUCCACAGCAAAAUGGAGUUGUAGAGCAAAAGAAUAGGACUCUGCAAGAAAUGGCCAGAACCAUGAUCAAUGAGACCAAUAUGGCUAAGCACUUCUGGGCAGAGGCAAUAAACACUACAUGUUAUAUUCAGAAUAUAAUCUCUAUAAGACCUAUUCUAAAUAAGACUCCUUAUGAAUUGUGGAAGAACAGAAAACCCAACAUUUCAUAUUUUCAUUCUUUUGGAUGUGUGUGUUUUAUUCUGAAUACUAAAGAUCAUCUUGGUAAGUUUGAUUCUAAGGCACAAAAAUGUUUUCUUCUUAUAUAUACUGAACGCUCUAAAGGCUAUAAAGUAUACAAUACUGAAACAUUGGUUGUAGAAGAAUCAAUCAAUAUUAGGUUUGAUGAUAAGUUUGGUCUUGAAAAACCAAAGCAGUUUGAGAAUUUUGCAGAUAUAGAUAUUGACAUAUUAGAAGCUGUAGAACCAAGAAGCAAAGCUCCAGAAGCUGAUAGUCUCAGAAGCAAUGGAUCAGAAGAUCAAGUUGCUGCAUCUUUAGAGAAUCUCAGGAUUUCUGAAGAACCAAUAGUUAGAAGAUCAUCUAGACUUUCAUCAGCUCAUUCAGAAGGUGUAAUCCUUGGAAAGAAAGAUGAUCCUAUCAGAACUAGAUCAUUUCUAAAGAAUGACAAUCAUAAGCAGUGAUCAGAAUCAGAAUGUGUAAAGUUUAUUCAAAACAACACAACUGUCAUCAAUUAGUUUCUGAUGGUGAACACGUGUCUGUACGGUUAGUAAAAAGCGUGAAGAAUCUGAUGGGACGCCGUCCUAGGAUGCCUAUCAGAGUGAGUUGUACUACUAGUGUAAUGAGUGUAGCAACAACAAGGUGGUUGGUGGGACCCACGCCAUUUCCUCUUGUUUGCUCUCCAUACAAGAAUGCAGUAAUCAAAUCCUUCCACUCCUCCGUUGACGCGAGAAUGUCCGCCGAGCAUCCCUCGCUAGAAAUCAUGGGAGGCGCACGUGACCGUUUCCUCCCAUCUCUCACUCAACUCAGUCGCCCAUACAAACCUUUCCCCUUGCUCGGAUGGAACUGCCACGUGGAAACCAUCUUCGCGGCUUUUUUCCGAUCAACCCCAGACGUGAAGCUCCGACGUGAGUGCCUCAGAACUGAAGAUGGUGGCUCCGUAGCUCUCGAUUGGGUUUCUGGUGACGACCGACGCUUGCCUCCGGACGCUCCUCUUGUCAUUUUGCUGCCAGGCUUAACUGGAGGUAGUCAGGAUUCUUAUGUUAGACACAUGUUAGUUAGAGCUGCAACUAAUGGUUGGCGUGUUGUUGUCUUCAAUAGUCGUGGAUGUGGAGAUAGCCCCGUCACUACUCCUCAGUUCUAUUCAGCUUCCUUUUUAGGAGAUAUGUGCCAAGUUGUUUCCCAUGUCUCUGCUAGAUACCCCAAGGCUAAUUUAUAUGCAGUUGGUUGGUCACUUGGUGCAAAUAUUCUUGUUCGAUACUUGGGUCAGGAGUCACACAAUUCUCCUCUUUCUGGCGCUGUAUCUUUGUGCAAUCCAUUCAAUUUGGUUCUUUCAGAUCAAGACUUUCGUAAGGGCUUUAAUAAAAUUUAUGACAAGGCUCUUUCUAAGGCUCUCCGCAACAUUUUUCACAAACAUGCUUUACUCUUUCAAGAUAUUGGUGCCCAAUAUAACAUUCCACUAGUCGCCAAUGCUAAGUCUGUUAGGGAAUUUGAUGACGGACUAACCCGUGUUUCUUUUGGAUUCAACUCUGUCGAUGAAUACUACUUUAAUUCAAGCAGUUCAGAUUCCAUUAAACAUGUUCAAACACCUUUGCUCUGCAUCCAGCCAAUGAUCCGAUUGCUCCUUCUAGGGGAAUUCCUCGUGAAGAUAUCAAGGAUGCCUAUCAGAGUGAGUUGUACUACUAGUGUAAUGAGUGUAGCAACAACAAGGUGGUUGGUGGGACCCACGCCGUUUCCUCUUGUUUGCUCUCCAUACAAGAAUGCAGAAAUCAAAUCCUUCCACUCCUCCGUUGACGCGAGAAUGUUCGCCGAGCAUCCCUCGCUAGAAAUCAUGGGAGGCGCACGUGACCGUUUCCUCCCAUCUCUCACUCAACUCAGUCGCCCAUACAAACCUUUCCUCUUGCUCGGAUAGAACUGCCACGUGGAAACCAUCUUUGGUUUUUUCCGAUCAACCCCAGACGUGAAGCUCCGAUGUGAGUGCCUCAGAACUGAAGAUGGUGGCUCCGUAGCUCUCGAUUGGGUUUCUGGUGACGACCGACGCUUGCCUCCGGACGCUCCUCUUGUCAUUUUGCUGCCAGGCUUAACUUGAGGUAGUCAGGAAUCUUAUGUUAGAAACAUGUUAGUUAGAGCUGCAACUAAAGGUUGGCGUGUUGUUGUCUUCAAUAGUCGUGGAUGUGGAGAUAGCCCCGUCACUACUCCUCAGUUCUAUUCUGCUUCCUUUUUAGGAGAUAUGUGCCAAGUUGUUUCCCAUGUCUCUGCUAGAUACCCCAAGGCUAAUUUAUAUGCAGUUGGUUGGUCACUUGGUGCAAAUAUUCUUGUUCGAUACUUGGGUCAGGAGUCACACAAUUCUCCUCUUUCUGGCGCUGUAUCUUUGUGCAAUCCAUUCAAUUUGGUUCUUUCAGAUCAAGACUUUCGUAAGGGCUUUAAUAAAAUUUAUGACAAGGCUCUUUCUAAGGAUCUCCGCAACAUUUUUCACAAACAUGCUUUACUCUUUCAAGAUAUUGGUGCCCAAUAUAACAUUCCACUAGUCGCCAAUGCUAAGUCUGUUAGGGAAUUUGACGACGGACUAACCCGUGUUUCUUUUGGAUUCAACUCUGUCGAUGAAUACUACUUUAAUUCAAGCAGUUCAGAUUCCAUUAAACAUGUUCAAACACCUUUGCUCUGCAUCCAGGAAGCCAAUGAUCCGAUUGCUCCUUCUAGGGGAAUUCCUCGUGAAGAUAUCAAGGAAAAUCCAAACUGCUUGUUAAUAGUGAUAUCUAAAGGUGGUCAUCCACUUGGAGCCCCUUGGACUGAUCCUUUAGUAAUUGAUUUCCUUCAAUAUUUGGAGACAGAAGCAACCAAAACCCCACAAACUGGUAGCAAUCCUGGAGAUAAUAAACAGACUUUGCAUCACCUUCAAGUGUAGUGUAGUGUGACACUAUUGCAUAUUUCAUCAAGAUCAUUUUGCAAGUCCAUAAAGAGAACAUUCUAGAAUAUUCUUAGUCCUCGGAGUGCCAACAUCCGGAAGCAAUUAGUUUU